UUCCUCAGCAAUAGCAAGAAAGUCGCCUGCAGAGAGGAGAGCAUCAUAAUCUUUGGCUAGCAACUGUAAUCUGGCAAUCCUGGUUGUACUGUCCACUGCGGGAUACAGGUCUUUAGAUACAUAUAUGGCCAGGAUCUGAAAGCAGAAAUCAAGACAGAAGAUGUUUCUGUAUGUGUUGGGUUGCGGUGCUCUAUUUUAUCUAUGGUGGAAGAUACGGGAUGGUCUAAAAGUUAGCAGGAUUGAAGACAAACAUGUCCUGAUAACCGGAUGUGACUCUGGAUUUGGAAAUCUCGCCGCCCGCACUUUUGACAAGAAAGGAUUCAGAAUUCUGGCAACUUGUUUAACUCAGUCCGGAGCUAAGGCUUUAAAACAGGAAACAUCACAAAGAGUUAGGAUUAUACUUUUGGAUGUGACCGAUGAUGACAACGUAAAGAGAGUCGCUGAGUGGGUUAAAGAUGAAGUUGGAGAGAAAGGUCUUUGGGGACUAGUAAACAAUGCAGGGAUAAUGGGAACUCUCGCUCCGAUUGACUGGCUGACAAUUGAUGAUAUUAGAGCGCCAAUUGAAGUUAACUUAUUAGGAUUAAUACACGUCACAUUAUCUGUGCUGCCAUUGAUUAAGAAAUCUAAAGGGAGGAUUGUUAAUGUAUCUAGUGUCGGUGGCAGAGUCGCAGCAAGCGGAGGCGGAUAUUUUUUAUCUAAAUUUGGAGUUGAAGGAUUUAAUGACAGUUUAAGGCGAGAAAUGAAGGCUUUUGGAGUUACCGUUUCUUGUAUUGAGCCUGGACUGUUUAAAACACCGCUGUCUGAUCCACUAUCUGUUUUAGAACAACGUAUAGGUAUCUGGAAGAAACUUCCAAAGACCAUUCAAGAAGAAUAUGGAGAAAACUAUGUACAAAUCGAUGCAGCAAUGAAGCAAAAAUUAAACCACUUCCGAAACAGUGACCUCUCUGUGGUCGUAUCCUGCAUGGAACAUGCCCUGACCAGCAGACACCCGAGGACACGAUACAGUGCUGGAGCUGAUUCUACUUACUUCUGGUUACCACUCUCUUAUAUGCCAACAUUUAUGCAAGACUUUGUGAUACUGUUAAACAAGGUCAAAAUACCGACAACAUGAAAAGCACAAGUAAAUUUUGUAUAAAAUAUGCUAAAAAAAAUGUUUUUUUUGUGUCAAGUUUUGUUGCACAUAUUGAAAAAUUUCUAGGCCAAACAAAGGUAGUAAAUCUCCAAAAUGCA